AUGGCCGACUCAGCGACUGCAAAUACGAUUGGCGAGGAGAUCAAGCGCACCGAGACAUUACCUGUGCGCAACGAUGCGACUCAUUACUCAGUCCACGCUGGAGGCGGAUACUAUACCCCCGAGCCCUUCCAAACCUAUCACAUACCAAAUCAACACCCAUGGGAUGCUCCACGUCGCAGUAUUUCCCAUGCAUUCGGCGCAUUCGGAAACGCGGUGAUUCAUCCUUACGGAGAAAAUGACAUACGCACUCCACGUGCUGAUAUCGUGGAUGCACAGGAUGCGUUCUAUAUCGACAUUGAUAUUCCCGGCCUCGAAUCGAAGUCCAAUAUCUCCCUGAAGUGGCUGAAUGCCUCAACAUUGUUCCUCGAGGCUGUCACGAAGCGUCCUUCUUUUCCUGGCGGCGAGAACGACAAGGAAGUCCACCUUGUCGUACGCGAGAGAAAGAUCGGAACGUUUGCCCGAGCAUUCAACUUCCCAGUUGCCGUUGAUCAGGAUGCGACAAAGGCUCGGCUGGGCUUUGGUGUUGUCAGACUAACGGUGCCAAAGAAAGGCCAGCCCCCUCAGCAUCAGCUGAAGGAGGUCGAGGUCGAGCAUGCUGGCCAGUAG